AUGGUAGUCCGGAAGAAAAGACUGGCUGUUUUCGUCGCGGUGGUGGCAUGCAUCCUCCUCUUCCUCACGUGGCAUCUUCCUGUGACCGACCAGUCGAACCAGACACAGCAUGAGGCUUCGGUCAUCGACGGACGUAAUGCCGGCCACGAAGAAGCGCCACAGCCUCACGGAGCCAAGGAUGGGGCAUUCGCACCCUCGAUAGGAGCGACGAGUGGCGCUCAGCAGCAGAGGCCUCCACAGAAACAGCUCCUUCUCCAUCCCAUCAGCAGUUUCGUCCCGCUGCCUACAGCCGCUACAACCAUCCCACGAAUCCAGCAUGAGUUCGAGCCCGAAAGCGCCACGGCCCGCGAAACCCGGCUGGCUCGACUCCACAGCAUCAGAGAAGCCAUGGUGCACUCGUGGAACGGGUAUCGCUCGAAAGCCUGGCGGAUGGACGAACUGGCCCCUGUCACGGGAGGCUAUAGGACCACUUUCGGCGGAUGGGCCGCGACUCUGGUGGAUGCCCUGGACACGCUGUGGCUCAUGGGCCUGAAAGAGGAGUUUGAAGAGGCUGUCGAGGCCGUGGCGGGCAUCGACUUCGACAUUCCGGCCCAGCUGCCCAUCAACGUCUUCGAGACCACCAUCCGCUACCUCGGCGGGCUCCUGGGCGCGUACGACGCCAGUGAUGGCAAAUAUCCCGUCUUGCUCCACAAGGCCAAGGAGGUCGGCGACAUGCUCUACGUCGCCUUCGACACGCCCAACCACAUGCCGGUGCUGCACUGGUCCAAGAUCGGAGUCGAGGCUGCACCGGGUCAGGCUCUGAUUGCCGAACUGGGCUCUCUCAGCCUGGAAUUCACCCGGCUCACGCAGCUCACGGGCGACCCCAAGUUCUACGAUGCUGUCCAGCGUAUCACCAGCUGUUUGGAGGACCAGCAAGAUCAGACAAAGAUGCCGGGCCUGUUCCCGCACAGCGUCAACGCACGAGAUUGCUAUUUCGGCGACGGCGUCACCUUUUCUAUCGGCGGCUCUGCCGACUCGGUCUACGAAUAUCUCCCCAAACAGCACCAGCUGCUGAGAGGAGCCACGGAGCAAUACAAGAAGCUCUAUCAAAAUGCCAUGGGCCCGGUCAAAAAGUCGAUUUUAUUCAAGCCAAUGACUCCACAGAACGAAGACAUCCUCAUGGCCGGUACACUGAAAGCCUUCACACCAGGACAGGUCCAGUUCGAACCUCAGAUGCAGCACCUUGCUUGUUUUGCCGGUGGCAUGUUCGCCUUGGGCGCCCGACUCUUCGGUCCGUCAGCCGACUUGGACGUCGCACAGAAACUGGUCCGCGGCUGUAUCUGGGCAUACAAUCAAACCACGACAGGCAUCAUGCCUGAAACAUUGACCGUCGUCCCGUGUCCCGACGACGAUUGGCAGUGUACUUGGGACGAGAAAAUCUGGGCCAAAGAUGUGCUUCGGCGCAAUACCAACGACGAGUCCCCCGACGACAGAGACUUGCCCGAAGAGGAGCGUCUGCGACAGAAAGCAGACCGCCUCCGUCUGCCCAAGGGCAUUUCAGCAAUCGCCAGUCGUGGCUACGGGCUGCGCCCGGAAGCCAUCGAAUCCAUCUUCGUCCUUUACCGCAUCACGGGCGACGAAGAGCUGCGCGAAGCUGCGUGGACCAUGUUCGAGGCCAUCACAAAACGCACCCGGACAGACCUAGGCUUCUCGUCUAUCGAAGACGUCACCAAGGUCAAUUCUUGGAAGGUCGACAAAAUGGAGAGCUUCUGGAUGGCCGAGACAUUGAAGUAUUUCUGGCUGUUGUUCGAGGACCCGAGUAUUGUCAGCCUCGACGAGUUUGUCUUCAAUACUGAGGCGCAUCCAUUCCGGUGGCAGAUCUAA